CAUUUCUCUUGUCAUUUCAAGUCAAUAUUAGUAAUCGGGUUGAAAUGAUAUCGUGUUUAUUGAAAAAAACUUGGCGUUUUUUGCAUAUCCCUUUUUUAUUCGCGUAUAGUCUACUGUACAAGUUUAGGAUUAUCAUAGCUGAGGUUUCAUUGGGUUUUCUCGUUUUAGUUUUUUACUGCGAAUAUCUGCAUUAUAAUGUUGUGAUCCAACAGUGUUAUUGGCCGCGUCUUUCAGUGGAUAAUGAAGACUUCUCGAUUCCGACAACCAAUGACAACCGCCUUAAGGUGAUGCUGAUAGCGGAUUUGCAUUUAAAAUGCAAGAGAUCAAACUGGUACGAAAUAUUCAGCGAAGAGGUGCAAAUGGAACGUUGCUUUCAACACGCUGUCCACCAAUUGAAACCCGAUGUUAUUUUCAUAUUGGGCGAUGUCUUGGACCAAGGCAUGCAUUGUAAUUUGAAGGACUUCGACAACUUGGUCCAGAGGUUCGAAAGAAUGUUCUCGCUUCCCAACAGGACCAAGAUGUAUGUUGUCCCGGGCAACCGAGAUAUUGGAUAUCAUCACCAGAUCGAUGUCGAUCAAAAUAAGGAUUUCGCAGACGGUCUGAAAUCUCCAUUGGUUCAGCACCUGAUGGUCAAGAAAAAUAACUUCAUCCUACUUAAUAGUAUGACCCUUGGAGAUGAUUCUUGUUCUCUGUGUUCUGUUGUUGAAGAGAAACUGGCGGAGAUAGAGAAACGACUAAAAUGUUCCCAAGAAGAAUACAGAGGCACAUGUGACCAGAAUUUAACGAUGCCAAUUUACAGUAGGCCCAUAUUAAUUCAGCAUCUUCCACUAUAUCGAACUUCUGAUGAGAAUUGUAGUGACUCCGAUUCGGCUCCGUGGCCACAAAAUUUGCACGAAAUGGCGGAAUAUUGGGAAUGUCUGAGUCAGAACACCACUGACAGACUACUGCAGAGGUUAAAGCCCAGGAUUGUCUUUUCUGGACAUCUUCACCACGGUUGUACCAGAAGAUUACCCCAAGUUGGUGGUAUAGAGGUCACCAUUUCAAGCUUCAACUGGAGGAAGAAGGAUAAACCUGCUAUAGGCCUGGCGGUGGUUACAACCACCAAUUAUGAGAUCGUCAAGUGCCAAAUGCCUAGAUACGCCACCAUAAUAACAAUAUACCUCUUGGGAAUCUUGGUUAUCCUGUUCUGGAUAGUUUACUCUCAUGAAACCAGAAGGAUCUUCGUCACCAAAUGAAACAACUAACAGUUCAAACUUUAAAUUUAAUAUUUCAACAGCAGUUCUUUCAGUUAAAAUAUGUGUUCACAAAUACUCGAUAGUUUUCAUAGUAAAAUCUACGUCAUUUACAUUUAUAUGGCACUGCUUUUCACUUUUAGUUUCGACGAUGAACGUUUAUUCUUCGAUGUGGAUUUACAUAAUGUGACACGUGAAUAUCAUCGAUGUAAUGACAAUGUUAAAUAAAUCAGUCGAC